UUACUUCUUCCUUGACAAUUCCCCGCCCUUGGCGCCGGUCGCGUGGCAAUCACAUGACUUUCCCGAGCCGAGGCUUGCCAUGAGUAUCCCGCCAAUCAGCAAGCUCCAUGUCGGCCGAGACAGUUGGAAUAGGGCUGUAAUACCGCGUAUUUAUCCUAGUUUCUCGGUAAUUUACGUACUGUCACAGCGAUACAUGGACUUUCUUUUCCCUUAUCUGAUCGCCAGCCCAUUCCUGUCUCAAUUUCUUCCUUGCUUUUUUUCUCAUUCUGGGUUUCUUCUUCUCCUUCUUCUCUUCUUUGUGUCUGGUCUCAUUCUUUUCGAAGCCCCGUGUUGUCUAUCCCCUCGUUUUGGAUCUUCCAGGGUUUUGCAUCACUACAUUUUGACACCUUCGUUUCGAGGAGUCUUCAUCCUUCUUUGAUUCCCCGGGCAGCAUCAUGGCAGCUCCGUCCUCCAUUCUGCUGCGUGGCGGAGGUCGACGGCUAGCUCGUUGCUAUCCCAGAGCUGAGGCUGCUUCGAAAGUCCUUCGACUAUCCCCAUUGACUGCCUGCAGGCAAUGCUUGCAAUCGGCAACGCCUCGAUUGUUGUCCUCAUAUUCCUCCCGCAGAUAUGUCCACAGCAGCUCGCUGUCUGACCAACGCACACCGCAACCCCGCAAUCUCAUCCAGCCCCUCGAUUCCUUCCCUCGCAGACACAUUGGCCCUACUCCAGACACGGCGGAACAGAUGCUAGCUGCUCUUGACCCGCCAGUCAAUUCCCUAGACGAAUUCGUGAAGCAGGUUCUACCCGCAGAUAUCGUGUCCGCGAGGGAUCUAGAAAUUGUGAAGCCCGAUGGUUCGACCGGAUUGCAUGCGGACUCCGUCCAUGGUGGGCUAGGGGAGUCUGAUAUGAUCAAAUUGCUGCAGAAGUACGCAAAAGACAUCGAUGCAAGUGGGAAGCCUUAUAUUGGAUGCGGAUACUACAAUACCGUUGUUCCCCCUGUCAUCCAGCGGAAUGUCCUAGAGAACCCUCUCUGGUAUACCAGCUAUACUCCUUACCAGGCAGAGAUUAGCCAGGGACGAUUGGAAUCGUUGCUUAACUUCCAAACAGUGACCGCGGAUCUGACUGGCCUCCCUGUUGCCAAUGCCUCCGUCCUGGAUGAGGGUACUGCCGCUGCUGAAGCUAUGACCAUGUCAUGGGCAACAAUGCCGGUCCAAAAGCAGAAGAAGGAAGGGAGGUCAUAUGUCGUUUCCCACCUGUGCCAUCCGCAGACCAUUGCCGUUAUGCAGUCGCGAGCAGAGGGUUUCGGAAUCAAGCUAGUGGUUGGUGACAUUAUGGCUGAGGACUUUAAGCUGGUCAAGGACCAGGGUGACUGCCUCAUCGGUGUUCUCGCACAGUAUCCCGACACUGAAGGGGGCAUUUAUGAUUUCCAAUCCCUAAGCGACAAAAUUCAUGAAAUUGGUGGUACCUUCUCUGUGGCAACUGAUCUUCUCGCUUUGACCUUGCUGAAGCCCCCAGGAGAAUUUGGUGCAGAUAUCGCCUUCGGAACUGCCCAACGAUUUGGUGUUCCCAUGGGAUUCGGUGGCCCUCAUGCUGCUUUCUUCGCUUGCGCCGACAAAUACAUGCGUAAAAUUCCCGGCCGUAUUGUAGGCGUCUCCAAAGACAGACUUGGAAAUCGUGCUCUCCGUCUCGCUCUCCAGACUCGCGAACAACACAUCCGUCGUGAAAAGGCGACUAGCAAUAUAUGCACUGCCCAGGCUUUGCUUGCGAACAUGAGCGCCUUCUACGCCGUAUACCACGGCCCAGAAGGUCUGAAGGCGAUUGCUCAACGCAUCCGGUCGUUGACUGGGCUCCUUCGGGAGAAGCUCUGCGCUUUAGGGUACACGGUUCCAGUUAAGGGGAACACUGCAAGCGACGGCGCAAUCUUCGAUACUUUGACGGUGGAAACAGGAAGCAGCGGAGAAGCUGACUCGCUCAUGGAAGUUGCACUUCAAUCUUCCAUUUAUCUGAGAAGAGUAAACCCCACUACAAUUGGCGUUUCGUUGGAUGAGAGUGUUGGUGUUGAGGAGCUUAAGGGCUUGCUUUCGGUAUUCGCCAAGACUGCACCAAAGGGAGCCCCAGCGGACCUGCUUAAUAUCAGCGAAGAUGUUCCUGAGUUGGAAAUUCCCGCCAGCGUCAAGCGAACUUCGCCUUAUCUGACACAUCCGGUUUUUAAUUCUCACCACUCGGAAACGGAGAUGCUGCGAUACAUUACACAUCUUGGAUCCAAGGACUUGUCACUGGCACACUCGAUGAUCCCACUAGGGUCCUGCACGAUGAAAUUGAAUGCUACCACGGAAAUGGUUCCUAUUACAUGGCCAGAAUUUUCGACGAUGCACCCAUUUACCCCAUCAAAGAUCGUUACCGGCUACCAGAAGAUGAUCGAGGACCUUGAACAUCAGCUAGCUGAUAUUACCGGCAUGGCAGAGGUUACUGUGCAACCUAACUCUGGAGCACAGGGUGAAUUCGCUGGUCUCAGGGCUAUCAAGAUGUAUCAAGAUUCAAUUGGUACCCCAGGGAAGCGAAACCUUUGCCUGAUCCCCGUGUCUGCUCACGGAACCAACCCAGCCAGUGCCGCUAUGGCUGGGAUGAGAGUGCUGUCCAUUAAAGGUGACCCGGUUUCGGGCAAUCUCGACCUAGCUGAUCUCAAGGCCAAGUGCGAGAAGCAUAAAGACGAACUGGCAGCGAUUAUGAUCACAUAUCCUAGCACAUUCGGCGUCUUCGAGGAAGGGGUCAAAGAAGCCUGCAAGAUCGUCCACGAAAAUGGCGGCCAAGUCUACAUGGAUGGCGCCAACCUGAACGCACAGAUCGGUCUGUGCUCACCUGGCGAAAUCGGCGCUGAUGUCUGCCAUCUUAACCUCCACAAGACCUUCUGUAUUCCCCACGGCGGCGGCGGACCUGGUGUCGGUCCUAUCGGCGUAGCGGAACAUCUCCGCCCAUUCCUCCCAUCUCACCCCCUCAGCCAACACCUACAAUCCCGACGCUCAACGUCCAACCCCGCCCCACCCAUCAGCGCCGCUCCCUGGGGUAGCGCUAGCAUUCUUCCCAUUACAUUCUCCUACAUAAACAUGAUGGGCGCGAAGGGCCUAACACACGCUACGAAAAUCACGAUUCUCAACGCAAACUACAUCCUCUCCCGCCUAAAACCGCACUACCCAAUCCUCUACACAAACGCACACGGCCGCUGCGCGCACGAGUUCAUCCUCGACGUGCGUAAGUUCAAAGCCACAUCGGGCAUCGAGGCGAUCGACAUCGCCAAGCGCCUGCAGGACUACGGCUUCCACGCGCCCACUAUGUCCUGGCCCGUGGCUAACACGCUCAUGAUCGAACCGACGGAGUCGGAGAGCAAGGCAGAGCUGGACCGGUUCUGCGAUGCGCUUAUUGCUAUCCGCGGGGAGAUCGCGGCUAUUGAAGCGGGCAAGCAGCCGCGGGAGGGCAAUGUGCUGAAGAUGGCGCCGCACACGCAGAGGGAUUUGUUGGGGGCGGAAGAGUGGAAUCGACCAUACACACGGGAGCAGGCUGCGUAUCCUGUGCCAUGGUUGUUGGAGAAGAAGUUUUGGCCGAGCGUGACCAGGGUGGAUGAUGCAUUUGGUGAUCAAAACCUCUUCUGCACCUGCGGGCCUGUGGAUGAUACUAUCGAGUAAAAGUAUAAAUUAUCGGUAAUGCGAGUGGUAACACCUCGGGGAGCAAGGAGGUAAUAAUACCUCCCUCAAUGCCGUACACCACUCUUUCAUCCUCCUACUUAAUUAUCUCCCCUGAGUUUGUUCCUCGCUAUAGACCCCUCCACUUAGAUUAUCUUCCCCCCACCAUCUCAACGAAAUGAAACCCCUAGACAUAAACCAUACGCAUACAUACACAAAUACACAAAAAUAUACACUACCUUCUUCAACGAAACUACAUUCCUCUUCCCGUAUCCGUACGGUAUGACAUGGCGUUUAACCUCCAUUUCAAUUUCCAAAUGCCCCCCGCGGCCCCCCCACUACCUUUCCUACCUCCUUAAUUCCACGGCCCACGGUUUAGUGUUGUUGGAACCGUGCUUGUCUUGCCUCAUUCGGCCGCUCUUUUUUGUUUUUUGUUUUUUCCCUUUUCUUGCAUAUAUAACAACAAAAAAUCGCCGUAUGAUUUAAAAUGGUGUAAUGAGGUAUUUUAUAUUUAUCUUUUUGUCUUAGUUUUCUGGUGUUGAAUUGACUCUGAUUCGAUGUUGGCUUCAUUUACAUCUAUUACCUAUGUAUAUUUUAUAUUUACCUAAGCUUAAGGAACCAUUUCCCUACUCACGCUCAAAUGCAGUCCUUGCAUGAUUACACAUCCCGGCUUUUUCGGGAUAGUAUCAGAGCAAUCAUUAAUCACAGUAGAUAAAAUACCUAUUCACAGCAUAACAUAC